AUGGAGUUGACUCUCGCAUCGGCCCGCGCUGACAUCGAUUUGAAGAUGACACCUACAAUCAACAUGGCAAACCCAACCCCCUUCACCUACGAAAACGAGGUCUUCGCCAACGGCCUCGAAAACGUCAAACCCGCCAUCAGCUUCAACCCUCACGACUGGGAAUCCCUAGCAAAGGAUAUCCUCCCAGCCGACAGCUACGGCUACAUCUGGGGUUCUGCGGGACUCCGCGAGACAGAUGACAAUAACCGCGCGGCCUUUCGUAAAUGGGCACUGAUUCCCUCACGACUCGUGAAAUCCGAUUUUCCGAGUCUCAAGACUGCCCUCUUUGGGCAGGAAUAUGAUUAUCCGAUUGCUAUUGCGCCGAUUGGUGUGCAGCGUAUCUUUCAUCGGGAUGGCGAGCUUGCGUCUGCUACGGCUGCGAGGAAGCAGCAUGUUCCCUACAUUUUUAGUAGUGCUGCUGCUACUAGUAUUGAGGAUGUUGCGCGGGCCAGCGGAGAUGGAAAACGCUGGUAUCAGCUAUAUUGGCCGUCGAAUGAGAAUAAUGAGAUUACGGCGAGUUUGCUCAAACGUGCGCGUGAUGCUGGUUACUCCGUGCUUGUGGUCACGUUGGAUACAUACAUUCUGGGCUGGAGGCCGUCAGACCUUAAUAACGGGUACAACCCGUUCUUGCGCGCAGACAAGAUUGGCGUCGAGCUGGGUUUCUCUGACCCCGUGUUUCGACGAAAGUUUCGUGAGAGACAUGGCGUAGAGAUCGAAGAGGACAUGGCCACAGCCGCGUCUGAGUGGGCGCAUACCAUAUUCCCGGGACUAAGUCAUGGUUGGGAAGACCUCAAGUUCCUUCAGGACCACUGGGAUGGUCCCAUUGUGUUAAAGGGUAUUCAGAGUGUGGCGGAUGCGCGACGUGCGGUCGAGGCUGGGGUGCAGGGUAUCGUGGUUUCGAAUCAUGGCGGUAGACAGCAAGACGGCGGGAUUGGGUCGUUGGAUGUCCUGCCUGAGAUUGUGGAUGCGGUGGGUGAUCAGAUUGAGGUGUUGUUUGACUCUGGCGUGCGCGGAGGAGCGGAUAUUGCAAAGGCAUUGGCGCUUGGAGCGAAGAUGGUGCUUAUUGGGCGGCCGUAUGCGUAUGGAUUGGCGAUUGCGGGUGAGGCAGGCGUGACGCAUGUGCUCAGGUGUAUAUUGGCUGAUUUGAAUUUGACGCUGCAUCUGUCGGGGAUUCAGUCGGUUGCUCCUGAGCAUCUCAAUCGGAAGGUUUUGCGGCGAGUGAGGGAUUGA